CCGAAGCAGUGCUGUCCGCACCUUCAAUUGACUUAUUCAAGAGAAGGCUGUACACUCACAGAAGUAUACUAGAAAAGGAAUAACAUAGGCCGUAUGCCUUCUGUCCUUACUACACAAAUCUGAAAUUGCUGAUCUUGCGUCACCGUACUUUGCCCUGUUCAAGGUCAAGGUCAAGUACUGUUACGCAUUGGAAAUGUCACGUUAACAGACUUAGCUUUGAUUAUUGUUAUAGACUGCGUUUCCUUAUUUGACUUAACCAUAUCCAUCAAGCCAUAAAGUUACGUUGUUUUCAAAAAGGGCAGUAACUUAGUACUUGUGAUUAUCUUUGCUUUUGUGUACUUGUUGCAUCAAAAAGCUUUCUUGGUCUACUUUAACUCGAAGUAUUUCAGUCAAGACUUGGAAUUCUCUAAUAUUUUUCGGACUGAUAAUUUGAGAGGACAUUCUAAGAAAGGUCAAAAACCGUGAUCAAAUUGUCUACGUCUGGAGUUUCGUUUCUUGCACCGAGUAGUAAAUUACUGGAAUUGUCUACCAGAACACGUAAUAUCAGCACCUUCUGUUGAUAUAUUCUAAACGAGAUUGGACCUUGACAUUACUACAAACUGCAAGGAUUAAUAUAGGUCGAUAGACCUAUCCUUAUUACUGAAGACUGUUGCCUUCAUUUCCAGCUGUCACAUUGCGCGCCUCAUCGCUACUAAAGCUACCUUCAAACAAGACUCAACCCACCAAAGGCAUGACGUACUUAUGUUCGUCGUGUAAGGCUGAUGUGUCUGUCUCAGAAAGAAUCAAUCAUGUCAGGAGCGACUGGCAUAUAUACAACCUAAAGCGUGUCGUUUCUGGUCUACUGCCAAUAUCUGAAGAUAUGUUUGUACAUAAAAAACAAUUGAUUGCUGCAGAAGCACCUGUGGCUAUAGAGAAAACGUAUUGUGACGCCUGCAAGAAAUCCUUCGCAAAUAACAAAUCUUUUACUGCCCAUUUGGUUUCGAAGCGCCAUAUACAUAACAGCCACUUGUUCAAAACGAAAACUACGCAGACAGUCAUCAGUUCUACUAAACCUUCAGCAGAAGACUGUUUGACAGAACCAUUACCACUGGGGUCAUGUUUGUUCUGUGACCGCUAUAUAUCACUGAAUUAUUUGCCAAAUGAGUCACUUGAUAGUGCCAAACAAAGUGAUUUAGCUAAACGUGUCCUAAAUCACAUGUUCGAUGUGCACAAAUUUAGUGUUCCAUUUCCAGAAAGAUUAACCGAUCCUGCCGGGUUGUUAAUUGAAUUAGGACGUAUUGUGGGGGAAGAACGCUGUUGUUUGGCUUGUGGUCGUCAGUUUUACGGUAGUUGUGUGGAAGGAUCAGACAAUGCUCGGAUCUCCCUGUCUGCCGUCCGCAGUCAUAUGUUGGACAAACCUGGCCACAAACAAGUAUGGUAUGGAGUAGAAGACCCAAUCCAAGUGGCAUUAUUGGUAGCUAAGGCAGAAGAAGAGUCAAAUGACGAUUGCAAGAUAAAUUACCCUAAAGCUGCUCUUGCAGGUGGUGAGCUGUUUAGUCAGUUUUACGAUCAGUCAGUCCUUGCACCAUCUUUCAUACUUCGAAGCUUAAUUACUCAAGUUGUCCAGGAGCUUAUUCAUGUAAACUGGAAUCUUGAAUUAAUCAGAUUUGUACAUUAGUAACCAAAAUCCUACUUGUCUUCACUUUUGUAUCAAUCUCAUACACGGGACAACGUCAGAUGAUGAAGACGUUUAUGAAGUACGGUUACCAUCUGGUACUGUUCUAGGUCAUCGGAAGAUGAGAACAAUUUAUAAACAACACUUGGCUGCUACAGAUGGAGCUAAAUUAUUGAACCGUGAUAAUGGACAGAAGAGCGUUUCAAUACGACGUCCAGACUUCAAAGCCUUAAUACAGAAUAGAUCUAAUGCCGAUUCUGAGAGACGUUUAAACGAACAAAGAAAGUACUGGGAUUUAGUAACUGGUGUUCAAGGUAAUUUCCACAAUCGCCUUCAUCUUCGUCGACAGUACUAAAUAUUUGAGAACUUAAUAAAAUGUUAAAAAAUCUAUUUGUAUAAUCU